CCAACAUUUUGUUUUCCAAGAAAGGACAGUAGAUAGUAUAGGGGAGAGGAUGAAAUGGCGGCUGCUCCUUCCUUGUGCGUAUUACGCUACUUUAAUAGCUGGAACAAGAAUUUGAGAAAGGAAGGGCUUUGCUCAGUCCUACUAAGAACAUCAUCUUUGUUUGGUCGACACUAUUGCAGUAGUAACUUAGUGGGUGCUGCUUGUGCUACUGCUCUCAGAAGCCCAGACCUGGUGGCCUUAGAAUAUGCUGACCUUAAUCUCACACACAAAGUCUCGGAGGAGUUGGGUCAUGUCAGAAUCCGGCAACAUGUGAACCCUCUGAGUGCCUCUUUCUCUAUGCCAGCGGAUGCACCAGAGUGGGAUGAAGUUUUCAAGGACCCAACAUUGCCUCUCAUGGUGGAUGUUGGAAGUGGUAGUGGCAGAUUUCUCUUAUGGCUUGCGAAAAGAAAUCCUGAAGAGAAAAAUUAUUUGGGGCUGGAAAUACGGCAGAAACUGGUAAAGCGUGCUAACUUCUGGGUAAAAGAGCUAGCUCUUAGCAACAUAUAUUUCUUGUUUGCUAAUGCCACAAUUUCUUUCAAUCAAUUAGUAUCAACAUAUCCUGGACCCUUGAUGCUAGUCUCAAUCCUAUGCCCAGACCCUCAUUUCAAGAAAAGGCAUCAUAAAAGAAGGGUUGUGCAGAAGCAUUUGGUAGAUUCUAUCAUAAAGAAUUUAAUGCGUGGGGGACAGGUGUUCAUACAGUCUGAUGUGCUUGAAGUGGCGCUUGAUAUGAGAAAUCAGUUUGAUGCUGAUGUGGAUGUACUUCAUCACAUUGAUGCCCUCAGCCAGAGUGUCUUGUGUGACAAUGAGGGAUGGUUGUUGAGCAAUCCAAUGGGAAUAAGGACUGAGAGAGAAAUUCAUGCAGAAUUAGAAGGCGCAAGAAUUUUCCGUAGGAUGUACCAGAAGAUGGCGUAAAUAAUCUAUAGGCUCUUUGUUAUUAAUCCUAAGGAGCAGUUCACUUGUCAAGAUGCAGCCUUUUGAAAUAAAGGCUAUCAAUUUAAAUUUGAAACCCCGCCCCAUUGGGUCACUCACUUCUUCCCCCACCAAAAGAAGAAGGUGGCUAGGUUAAUUUAUUGUGAGGUAUCUUGUAGGGACUUUUAUUUUGGGAAUGAAAAAAAGGCAUUUGUAUUAA